AUGCCCAUGAUCACAGAGCAUUUUACCAGAGUAGGAGCAAGGAAUCCUGACCGCUUAGUCAUCUUAGAGCAGGAAACUCUGAUCAGAGGAUUCAGGGACAGGGUUGGAGAUGGUGUUUGUUGCAAUGUGGGUUGUUUCCUGCCUCAGUCUUCUUGUCAGAUUACUGACACGAAGAGGAUCCGGGUAGUGAAGCAGGGAGCCAUCCACAAACCUGUCAUUGACAGAAUGCGAGAGGAGCGUGAAGGGAGGUAGACAUUCAGAGCCAAGGGGGCUGAGAGUGGAGCAACAAUUGCCGUUGGAGAUUCUCCUGUUAUUGAAGAAUCUGUCCUCGAGCUUUUUGCUGCAGACAGGGUUACUGUGAAGACUAAGCAUACAGCAAACAUCAAGGUGCCUUUCAAGGCAAAGCCAAUGCCCAAAGUCACAAGGUUCAAAGAUGGUAUUGAGGUGACAGAGGAAGAGAAAGUGGUGAUGGACAAAGCCAGUGAUGCGUUACGCACGAUCAAAACCUGUGUGAGAGAAGACAGCCGAGCCAUUAUGCUGAAUUUGAAAAAUGACUGUCAGUCAGCUUCUGGCAAUCCUUACCUCGACUUUGUUAAGCCUUCGAGACAGGUGUCUCAGCCUCAAGUUGUAGAUGUCAGGAAAGAAGAUGUCACCAUCACCUGGAACUUCCCAGCCCUGGAUGGACGCUCUCCAGUGCAAGGUUACAUCAUAAAAAAAAAAAGGAAGAAAGGCAGCGAUCUUUGUGUUCCAAUCACCAAGGAGCCAGUCCAAGGUCAGACCAAGAUUAUUAUCUGUUUUAUAUUUGAUCUGACUGUGAGGCUGAAGAGCCACAUGGUGGUUUGUGCUGGGACAGCACCAUGCAUUCAUACAUCUUUCCCUGGCUCCCCACCAACACCAGUGACGUGGCAAAAAGAAGGCAUAUCAACAAGAGAUGGCAAGAACCAUUCCCGCCUUAUCCACAGCACCAAGUGAUUUGUUUCUGACCUGUACCAGAUCAUCCUCAAAAAUAGUUAUGGAGAAGCCCUUUACAACAUUCAAAUGCAAUUUGCAGAUUUCUCCGGACAACCCACUAAUCUGAAACUGGUUGAGGAAGUCCCAAACACUGUGACCCUAAAUGACAGCUCAAAUGUAGAAGACAACUACUAGACUUAUUAUGGUGUCCUGAAAUGUGAUGUCAGUACCGCCACGUCGUUCAGAGCCAUAGAGAAUGUCUACAGCAAUAAGUACACUGUCACAGGCCCGCUCCCAGGGAGGAAAUACUUCUGAGUCAUUGCCUGCAAUGACACUGGGGACACUGACCCUCUGGAUUCACAGGAGCAGCAGUACAUCUCCAAAGACAGAGAUGAGGACCUGGCCCCAGAAAAUUUAAGUGACUUACCUGAGGCCACAAAAGUAGCAAGCAUGGAUAAAAGGCAGGAGAAGUACCCAGAAGGACUUCUGUCAUGA